UAUUUACUUAGUUGAACAAUUUAUUUACACAUUUCAAUGAGUAGUCUAAUGUUUAUUAUGUUUCUAUUUAAGGUAUAUGUAUGACACAUUGAUGCGGGGAACUGAAUUGUGUAACCGAUUCAAUUUUAUUGCUGCUUCCCGUAUCAACACAACGUUUAUAACGAAAAAUCCAACAUCCGUAAUGAAUGAACUAGUCGAUAGAUUCAUGGUGGCCGGCGAUAAUACUACACCCAGUUUGUAUUUUUUACCGUUUAAUUCUGGCAACGGUGGUCACUGGGUGUUGGUUGCUAUGGAUCUUUCGAGACUAAUGGUGUAUUAUCUCGAUUCGUUACCGGGUAAUUGGAGUAAAUAUCCGAGUAUGAAGAAGACGGUUGACGCGGCAAUACUAAAAUUUAGAUCGAAAAAGAAUUAUCGUAAUAGGAAGGACAUUACCUGGGUCAGAGUACUCUUAGUUGCUUUACUUGCUUGCUUUGCUAUUUAG